AUGCAGCUUCUCGCAGUAUCUACUCUCGCUGUCUUCGUCGCACGCGCGUUGGCCUCGGAAACUAUCACCGGACAGUGGACCUGCGUAAACGCUGGCGACUAUCAGCUGUGCCAGGACCUAUGGGGCGAAGACACAGAUGACGCCACCUCGGGCUCGCAGAAUGCCACUUUGUACAGUGCCAGUGGUGAUGCGAUCUCCUGGUCGACAACCUAUACCUGGGCAGGCGGCGAGUACGAUGUCAAGAGCUACACGAACGUCCAACAGACUUCCGCCAAUGGCAUGACGCUGUCCAAAAUCACGUCUGCUCCCACUAGUUGGACCUGGGAAUACCAAUCCAUAUCCUCAGAUCUGGUAGCAGACGUCUCGUAUGACAUCUGGAUAGGUACUACCGCUUCCGGCGCGGGCACCAACACAACCACUUAUGAGGUCAUGAUUUGGGUUUCAACUGAGGGCGGUGCUGGACCUCUUGGGUCCGUGAUCAAGUCUGGCAUCUCUGUUGGUGGGUACGCUUGGGACCUCUAUUCCGGAGAGAACACGUACUGGACCACGGUAUCCUUCGUCACUACGGAGGGCAAUCUCAAUGACUUCAGCUCCGACUUGAAAGACUUCUUCACCUAUCUCAUCGACAACAUCGGUAUGGACUCAUCGAACUAUCUGCAGUCGGUCGAAUCCGGGACGGAGCCUUUCACUGGUAGCGCGACACUCUACACCGAGAGCUUCGCUGUCACCAUCAACACCUGA